UGAAAGGGCCAUGAAGGACCUUUUAGCUGUUCUUGUAAAGGGUUGGCCCAGUCAGCAGGGCGUGGAGAGAAACUACAAACUUAUCAACACAUUACUGACACGUCGUCGUUCAGCCAUUCAAUUGUCCGGAUUUGUAACAAAUGCUCACAUUGUAUGGCGGUCUGGUGGAGUAAUAGAAGGUAAUUUGACUUACGAUGAACACGCUGUACAUAUAAAUACCGGGGGAACGUACUACUUGUACAGCAAAAUUGGCUUCAAGGAUGGACCCUGUGCUACACAGAGGAGAAUAGGGUAUCAUGUCAAACUCAAAGGGGAUAAAGGAUCAUCAACAACACUUGCUGUGGUGCAAAAGCUUUGUUUGAAUGGAACAAACUAUGAACAAGAUGUUGCAGUACAAACUGUAUUUAAAGUACCAAUGGGACAGGAACGGCGAGUUGUUGUUGAAAUCACUGCUGACUUAAAAUUCCUUCUAUAACACCAUGCACACACAUUUGUUGUGUUUAAAAUAUGAAGGUACUUUGCAAUUCAUUAUGCCAAAGUGUGAUGCAAUCGAAAAAGUAUUAAUGGCUCAAUAUCGGUUUGACUUCCUGAUGUAAUUCUUGAAUGUGUAAGCUCAUUGCGCGACUACAUGUAGUAACAGUACGUAUGAUGAUUGAAUUUCUUUGUCUAUUUCCGGAUGGGAGUUCUAGUGAAUGAUAGUGAAUGAUAGGCUCUAACGUUUUGUACAUUCCUCAGUGUGCUGACUCUACUAACAAUGUUCAAAAGGACAGUACUGACCAGUGCCCAGCUUGCACUGGUCUCACAAAAUAAACAUAAAGUAUAUAUUGCCGGGUCAAAGGUGUGAUUGUAACAAUUGGAGCGGUACAAGGUAUGCAACAUUAUGAUAACUAUGAAUCAAAUGAUCUCAUUCUUUUAUAACUGUAUUGUGUAUUUAAUAUCAUGUGUAGUUUAUUGAACUUAUGCAUGUAUUAUAUCUGAUGAACAUAA